AAGGUCAAUAAUCUAGAUCUUAAUGUGGGUAAAAAAACUUCAACGCAAAUUCAAAAAUUAUCAGAAGCAAAAACAACUAAACCUCAUCCACAAACUUCUAUUCAUGCCAUCAUUUUAUCCCAUGAUAUUGAUGUAGAAAUAGGAGAUAAAGGAGGACAACAACUUUUAAAGACUCAUAUUAUUGCAAACGUUGCACUUGCAACAAUUCGUUUGGAUGAUUUCUCGAUAGCAGGAGAGAUUACUGCUUCGGUAAUUUAUUUAAUAUUAAUACCAAUUGGAGAUUUCUUUGCUCGUCAUUUAAGAGAACUUAUUAUAAUUUUAUUUGGUGUUUUUAUAAGUUUGGGGGCUUUAAACAGUGGAAGCAGUGGCGUGCUUGGUAUUGUACGUUUGGUUAAUCAAAAAUACUACGUUGCAACUACUUUUACAACAAUUUUUCUUGCAAAAUUUUGA